AUGAAGGUUACAGCAGAGUUAGAUGCCUGGAAUGAAGAUCUGCUGAGACAAAUGAAUGAUUUCAAUACUGAAGACCUCACUCUGGCUGAGCAGCGUUUGCAGCGUCACACUGAGCGGAAGCUGGCCAUGAACAACAUGACCUUUGAAGUCAUCCAGCAGGGGCAAGAUUUACACCAGUACAUCAUGGAGGUCCAGGCUUCAGGCAUCGAGCUGAUCUGUGAAAAAGACAUUGAUCUUGCAACACAGGUUCAAGAACUGCUGGAAUUCCUUCAUGAGAAACAGCAUGAGCUGGAGCUUAAUGCUGACCAAACUCACAAGAGGUUAGAACAGUGCCUACAGCUCCGGCACUUACAAGCUGAAGUCAAGCAGGUGCUUGGCUGGAUCAGGAAUGGUGAAUCAAUGCUGAAUGCAAGCCUUGUCAAUGCAAGCUCCCUCUCUGAAGCUGAGCAGCUCCAGCGAGAGCACGAGCAGUUUCAGCUGGCCAUAGAGAAGACACACCAGAGUGCCCUGCAAGUCCAGCAGAAAGCUGAAGUGUUGCUCCAGGCUGGGCAUUAUGAUGCUGAUGCUAUCAGAGAAUGUGCUGAAAAGGUGGCCCUGCACUGGCAGCAGCUGAUGCUGAAGAUGGAAGACAGGCUCAAACUUGUCAAUGCCUCAGUGGCCUUCUAUAAAACGUCUGAGCAGGUGUGCAGCGUAUUAGAAAGUCUGGAGCAGGAAUACAGACGGGAUGAAGACUGGUGUGGAGGUCGAGAUAAACUUGGACCAGCAUCUGAGAUAGACCACGUCAUCCCUCUGAUCAGCAAACACCUGGAACAGAAGGAGGCUUUUCUCAAGGCCUGUACACUGGCACGAAGGAAUGCAGAGGUAUUCCUCAAGUACAUCCACAGGAACAAUGUCAGCAUGCCUGGAGUAGCAAGCCAUACAAGAGGCCCUGAGCAGCAGGUGAAAGCCAUUCUGAGUGAGCUGUUGCAGAGGGAGAACCGGGUCCUUCACUUCUGGACCCUGAAGAAGCGGAGAUUAGACCAGUGCCAACAAUAUGUUGUCUUUGAGCGCAGUGCCAAGCAGGCCUUAGACUGGAUCCAAGAAACGGGCGAAUAUUACCUCUCUACUCACAACUCCACAGGGGAAUCAGCAGAAGAAACUCAGGAACUCCUGAAGGAGUACGGGGAAUUCAGAGUACCCGCCAAGCAAACAAAGGAGAAAGUGAAGCUUCUCAUCCAGCUGGCUGACAGCUUUGUAGAAAAAGGACAUAUACACGCCACUGAAAUUAGGAAGUGGGUCACCACCGUUGACAAACGCUACCGUGACUUCUCUCUCAGGAUGGGGAAAUACCGCUACUCCCUGGAAAAAGCCCUCGGAAUCAAUACAGAGGAUAACAAGGACCUAGAACUAGAUAUUAUUCCAGCAAGUCUUUCUGACCGGGAGGUAAAGCUGCGAGAUGCAAAUCAUGAAGUCAAUGAAGAAAAAAGGAAGUCGGCCAGAAAGAAAGAAUUUAUUAUGGCUGAGCUGCUUCAGACAGAAAAAGCUUAUGUCAGGGACUUACAUGAAUGUUUAGAGACUUACCUUUGGGAAAUGACAAGUGGAGUAGAAGAAAUACCUGCUGGGAUCCUUAAUAAAGAACACAUCAUCUUUGGCAAUAUUCAGGAGAUAUAUGACUUUCAUAACAACAUUUUUCUAAAAGAACUGGAGAAAUAUGAACAACUGCCUGAGGAUGUGGGCCACUGCUUCGUCACCUGGGCAGAUAAAUUUCAGAUGUAUGUCACCUACUGCAAAAACAAGCCUGACUCCAACCAGCUCAUCCUGGAACAUGCAGGGACUUUCUUUGAUGAAAUUCAGCAAAGACAUGGUCUGGCCAACUCUAUCUCUUCUUACUUAAUCAAGCCUGUCCAGAGGAUCACAAAAUAUCAGCUCCUACUGAAGGAACUGCUGACCUGCUGUGAGGAGGGCAAAGGGGAACUCAAAGAUGGUCUGGAGGUGAUGCUCAGUGUCCCAAAGAAGGCCAACGACGCAAUGCAUGUCAGCAUGCUGGAAGGGUUUGAUGAGAACCUGGAUGUCCAGGGAGAGCUGAUUCUUCAGGAUUCCUUCCAAGUAUGGGAUCCCAAGUCUCUCAUUCGGAAAGGCCGUGAGAGGCAUUUGUUUCUCUUUGAAAUCUCUUUGGUGUUUAGCAAAGAGAUUAAAGAUUCUUCAGGACACACAAAAUAUGUUUACAAGAACAAGUUACUGACCUCAGAACUGGGGGUGACUGAACAUGUUGAAGGAGAUCCCUGUAAAUUUGCUUUGUGGUCUGGACGAACACCAUCCUCAGACAAUAAAACAGUGCUGAAAGCAUCCAGUAUUGAAACAAAACAAGAAUGGAUCAAAAAUAUCCGGGAAGUCAUUCAAGAAAGGAUUAUCCAUCUGAAAGGAGCUCUGAAAGAGCCAAUUCAGCUCCCCAAGACACCAGCAAAGCAGCGGAACAACAGUAGAAGAGAUGGAGUAGACGAUGCAGACAGCCAAGGAGAUGGCAGCAGUCAACCUGACACCAUUUCCAUUGCAUCCAGGACGUCACAGAACACAGUGGACAGCGAUAAGUUGUCUGGAGGGUGUGAACUAACGGUGGUGCUCCAGGACUUCACCGCAGGCCACAGCACCGAGCUGAGCAUUCAGGUGGGGCAGACGGUGGAGCUGCUGGAGAGGCCAAGCGAACGGCCAGGCUGGUGUUUGGUCCGGACCACGGAGCGGAGCCCCCCUCAGGAGGGUCUGGUCCCCAGCAGCGCUCUCUGCAUUUCCCAUUCCCGCAGCAGCGUGGAGAUGGAUUGCUUCUUCCCUUCAGGAAAAG